AUGAGCUUGCCAGAGACUUUCAAAAACAACGAUGAGGGCACCUUUGGUGCUUAUACUGCUAGUUCAAGAUGGCCAAUCAUCGUGGGUAAUGCCAUUGAAGAUAUGGAGACAGAACUGAGCACUAUCGAACCUAGCUCUGAUGCAUUCAGAGAUGGCCAGACAAUCAAGGACCAAUUGGUUUUAUUAAGGCAGGAGAUAAAAUCCGACAAACCGAUAAGGGCCUUCACGCCGGAGGAAAUAAGUAUUGCACAGGUCCCAGAGUCCUUCAAUGACGUUAUUAGUUCGACACCACAAACCUGGCAAACAGGUGGAUGGCUUUUCUGUGAGAUCUACCUGUAUCGCCGGGUCAAUGUUUUGUUUCGCAGCUACAAGUCUUGGGCUCAUUUCGACAUCUUCAACAGGCUAAAGCAGUCCACUUUCCAGAAAUCUAUGGUUGGCGUUGUGGAGCUAGCCACGCGGUACCGUAAACUGGAAUCUCAGUUGAAGCAGGCGGACUCCGAAACACUUGAAAUUCUAUUCAAAGAGUUUAUCGAGAUCUCACUGUGGGGCAAUGCCACGGAUCUCUCUCUCUUGACCAACGCGACCUUAGAGGACAUCAAGUCAUUACAAGGUGAAGAAGCAAGAAAGGCCUCUGAAUCCAAGAUCUUGGUCAACGACACCAGCAAGGCUUGGGCUCAAUUGAACUCGUCCAAAUCAAAGCAGGUUGACUUUGUUCUCGACAACUCUGGUUUCGAAGUCUAUGCCGAUCUGAUGUUAGCACUUUUCUUACUUGACACUGGCAUUGCAAAAAAAUGCAUUUUCCACGCUAAGGAUAUCCCAUAUAUGGUGAGUGAUUGCAUGAUCAAGGACUAUGAGUUAUUACUAGAAGACAUGAGUUCCCCAGAUUUUUUCGACUUGACAGCCCUUGAAGGUGAUGCUCAAAGUGGUCGGGAUUCAUUGCUAUUUCUAGUCAAGACCCUCAAGCAACAUGUCGCUUCCGGUCAACUCGCAUUUACCGAAGAUCCCUUCUGGACCUUAGACUUGGACUACAGUCAUAUUGAUCCAUCUGAGACCAAAUAUGGUGGAGCUCAAAUUCACAGCAAGCUCUUGCACAGUGAUCUGGUAAUAUUUAAAGGUGACUUGAACUACAGGAAAUUGACGGGUGAUAGGAAAUGGCCUCGCACCACCGAAUGGAAGACUGCUAUCGGGCCUUUAGCCAAGAACGGUGUGAAAACAUUAAGUUUGAGAACAUGUAAAGCGGAUGUCGUUGUUGGAUUGGCUCCCGGUACCGACGAAAAGCUAUGUUCUUUGUGGGAAGCUGAGAAAAAGACCGAACCUGCAUCAUGGUGGUCUUCGAGUGGUAAAUAUGCUGUCAUCUGCUUCUGUGAUGGUCAGCAGUAA